CUGGCUUCACAUACGGGCGCGUCAUCAUCAUAUUCGGCAGGGCGCGUUGUGUUUUUACGUUGUGAAAUGCACAGGUGAACAGGCUACGGGUACUUUCGGUGGAACAGGUAGCACACAUCCAGAAAUGAAAAUAACUUAUUUCCUCAUUAACUUUCUCAUCUCUUCUUUGAGCGUUAUGGUUGGUUUGUCAUUCUCUAAACUCGCCAGGCCAACCAUACCGGCGAUAGCGCAUUACUUUGGGACAAAAGGCAGAUACGAGGAAGUGAAUCCACAUCUAUUAGAUGACAUUUUGUUUGUAAACAGAUCGCUACUGGGUCCCCCCUCUCCAGAUUACCGUGCCAUUCAUAUGGUGUCGGUGAUACGUCACGGGACACGCUAUCCAACCACAAAAAAUGUGCAAAAGAUUGCGCGACUGUUUGGUCUCGUCGUGUCUGAAGCGUCGGGUUCAGAGUCUUGGCUUAAUAACAUUAAAACAUGGAAGAUGUGGUACACUGAAGACAUGGACGGCAGACUAGUGGAGAAAGGGCGAGAUGACCACCGGCAUUUGGCUAUGAGACUGGCACAGUCAUUCCCCACCUUGAUUUCUGAGGAUCUCCUCCGCGCCAACCGCAUUGAGUUCAUUACUAGCUCCAAGCACCGCUGUAUUGAUAGUGUUAAAGCUUUCCAAGAAGGUCUUCACAGACUCUGGGAUGUUCAGGAUAUGGAUUACCAACACUAUGUGGAUGAUUCACUCAUGAGAUUCUUUGAUCAUUGUGAGAGAUUUGUUGAAGGUGUUGAGAACAAUAAAACAGCUUUGAAGGAGGUAGAACGCUUUAAAUAUUCGGCAGAAAUGGAUGCAGUACGGAAGAAAAUAUCCAACCGCCUUCAGAUUCCAUUCAAUCAAAUCACCCCAGAUAUGGCGGAGGCAGCUUUCUUUUUGUGCUCCUAUGAGUUUGCCAUCAAGUCAGAGAACUCUCCAUGGUGCGAUCUGCUGGAUGAGUCUGACGCUCAAGUCCUGGAGUAUAAAAAUGACCUGAAACAGUACUGGAAGAGGGGAUACGGACAUGACAUCAACCGUAAAUCCAGCUGCCCUCUCUUUCAUGAUAUUUUCAACCGCCUUGAUAAGGCUGCUAAUGACUACAGAUUCGGAGAGGUAAAAAAGACUGUCACCAUUCAGGUUGGUCAUGGUGAGACCCUGCUGCCUCUGCUGUCUCUGUUGGCCCUUUUCAAGGAUGAGAAACCUCUAACUGCGGAGAAUUUUUCUUCGCAGCACAAUCGCAUGUUCCGCUCUAGUCAGAUUGUACCUUAUGCUGCGAACUUAGUCUUUGUCCUGUACGAGUGUACCGAUGGACUUAGAGUACAGUUGUUUCUCAAUGAGAAGCCCAUGACUUUUCCCGGCAUGAAUCAUUCGGCUCCGCUGUAUGAAACAGUCAGAAAGCAUUACUCGAAGCUCCUUCAUGGCUGUGAUUUUAAUAAGGAAUGUGAUGUGCCUCAACCAAACCUCAGGAACACUGAAUUGUGAGUCAGGUUAUUAAAUAGUGGAUUACAGGGAUCAAUUACUGUGCACUUGCAAUGGCUGUAUCUUCACUUUUGAUUCUGUGGUUGGAAAUCCAAAUAUUAUUUUAUUUAUUGUACAGGCUUACCAAAUUACCAAGGGGUGUACAUUUCUGUGUUCUUUCUUUUUGUUUUAUUUGCCAAAGUACUAAAGAAAUGCAGUGCCAAAUAAUUUGUUCGUUUUUUUCUUAUUUUAAUUAAACGGUUAGGUUUUUAUAAAAGUCACUCAGGCAGUCAGGUUAUACAAAUCUUAAAAAUGGAUUGCCAAUUAAAAAAAGGAUUCUGAAAUUGGAUACCAUCACACAAUCUAGUCUUGGUUAUGAUCUGGACCAAACCUUCAUUAUGUGUUAGUAUUAGUAAUAUCAGGAUUAUUCUGAUUCCAGGGACCAGUUAUACCAUUUAUUUACUUUUGUCGCGUUUUUUAAAAGCUUGCUAUGAGCAACAAAAACAAAUAAAUAUACAUGCAACAAGGGAAGCAUAGACAGUACUUUUGACUGGUUCAACUCCGAUGAUUGUGCCAAUGUAUUUUAUAUAACGUGAUUAAAAUAAAACAGCUAUGACAGCUGUUUUGUGGAUUAUUUUAUGGUGCCAAAUCUACUGACAGGUUUAAUAAGUCCUAAUGUCUACUUCUACAUCAUUACUGUAACAUUUACAUGGAUCAAGGGUAAAAUAAAAGAUAUAAAUGAAAAAAAAUCAAAGUUAUCCCAAUCUUAUAAAAGGUUUUGAACGACACAUACUUGUUUGAUCCAAACAAGAUUGCAUUUUGUGAUCUAAUUUGAUUUCAGAAUCCUUUUUUUUCUUUUCUUUUGAGCUCAUUUUUAAGAUUUUAUCCAAUCCAAUAAGUGAAAUCUGAUCAGAUUACUUUUGAAUAACUGGGAGCAAAAGAAAUAAAACUUUUGAAAAAAACA